UAGUGCCAGAAGAGAAAGCGCCCAAUGUUGAAGAUGGCAACCCACGUCCACGUAAAACCACCUUUCUCUACGACCCCAUGUGUUUCCAUUUCAACCGGAAAUCUGAGAAUUAAGACAACGGGAACAAAAACAGUAAACUCAUGUAAAACAUGGAAGCUUGUUGUUGCUGCUGCUGAGGCUUCCGCUUUAUCUUCGUCUUCUUCUUCUGGGUCUUUUAAUCGAACAAGUGGUGGACAAUUGUUUCGGGGAAAUGAAAUUUGCAGAAAUAAAAAAGAGAGGAGUACAAGCAAGAAAAGGGUGUUUUUCUUAGAUGUGAACCCUCUUUGUUAUGCUGGAAGCACACCGAGCUUGCACUCUUUUGGUUACUGGAUUUCUCUUUUAUUCUCUCAAGUCAGCCUUAGCGACCCUGUUAUUGCUGUUCUUGAUGGAGAAGGGGCUAUCGAGCACCGCAGGCAGUUGUUACCUUCAUAUAAAGCACAUAGGAGAAAAUUCUACAGCCGAUUAUCAGCUUUUCACAAAUUUUCAAAGGAUUAUGUUCAAAGGUCUCAAGUUGUCGUUGAUGUUCUAACCAAAUGCAAUGUUCCAGUUGUAAAAGUUGAAGGCCAGGAAGCAGAUGAUGUGGUGGCGACACUUGCAGGACAAAUCUUACAAAGAGGAUACAGGGUGGUUAUUGCCUCUCCAGAUAAAGAUUUCAAGCAAUUGAUUUCUGAAGAUGUCCAGAUUGUUUUGCCUGUUAUAGAGCUAAAACGGUGGUCCUUUUACACUAUGAAGCACUAUAUUGCUCAAUAUAAUUGUGAUCCAUGCUCUGAUCUGAGUCUUAGAUGUAUUAUGGGCGAUGAGGUUGAUGGUGUUCCUGGGAUACAAAACAUGGCUCCUGGGUUUGGUCGCAAGACUGCUUUAAAGCUUUUGAAAAAACACGGUUCACUGCAAAAUUUACUAAAUGCAGCAGCGGUAAGAACUGUGGGCAAACAAUAUGCACAGGAUGCUCUCACAAAACAUGCUGAUUUUUUGCGCAGGAACUACGAGGUUCUGGCACUGAGGAGGGAUGUUGAUGUUCAUCUACAGGAGGAAUGGUUAACUGAAAGAGAUAGAUGCAAUGAUUCCAUUAUCUUGUCUAACUUCUUCAAGAUGUUGGAAGAAAAUAAAAUACCCUUUCAGCAAAAGAGAUCUCAUUCUUGAAGUGGUUAAGCCCCCAAUGGAAGGAUGCUGGAGAGCCGGCGAUGCUGCCCUGGAGAGUCGACGGUGGUUCGGCCGACGAGUGAGCUUCACGCCCCGUGACAAGCUUUCUGACGCCGUCCCACUCACUAGUGUGUGGAGGCGCGUCGCAUGUUCGUUGUUGCUCCGGUCACUCUCGCCGAAGUCGUCUCGAAGCACUUUCGUCAGUUUUGUGGUCUGUUUGCCGUUUGGUGGAGGUGUUUUGGUUUGAUUGCAUCUUUGGAUUCUAUUCACGUCCUAGCAUUCUGGUACUGUUCGCGUCUUUUUUUUCCUGUUUCUUCUGUUGCCAUUGCUUUGGGUUGGUUGUUCUCGUGGCUAAAGUUAAAAAUACCGUAGCUGAUGUGAUUCCUGUGAUGACUAAAAUCACGAAACACAAAUUAAAUGGAUCUAAUUUUCUGGAUUGGAGUAAGACUAUUCGUAUUUAUUUACGAAGUAUCGGAAUGGAUGAUCUUACUGAGGAUCCUCCAAUUGAUGAUACUAGGAAAGAUUGGAUGAGAGAUGAUGCACGAUUACUUUUACAGAUCCGAAAUUCUAUUCAUAGUGAGAUAAUAAGCCUUAUUAAUCACUGUGAAUUUGUUAAAGAAUUAAUGGAUUAUUUGGAGUUUAUAUAUUCUAGCAAAGAGAAUAUUUCUCGCAUUUAUAAUGUGUGUAAGGCAUUUUAUCGAGCUAAGAAACAUGAUAGAACUCUGACCUCAUAUUUUAUGGAUUUUAAAAGAGUGUACAAGAAACUUAAUGUCUUGAUGCCUUUUAGUACAAACGUGAAAACCCAACAAGUUCAAUGAGAGCAAAUGGCUAUUAUGAGCUUCCUUGCAAGUCUCUCUCCAGAGUUUGAGACAACUAAAUCUCAUAUUUUUUCUGAUUCUGAAAUAUCAUCGUUACAUGAUGUUUUUACUAGGGUAUUGCGUACAGAAUCUUCCUCUUCAGUUCCUUCACACACCACUAGUGCCCUUGUUAGCCGUAAUGACAGUGGUAGACAAAAUACCAGAGGUGGGAAGAUUUUAAUGGUGGUAGAGGAUCUCAGCGUCCUGAGGAAGCAGUUCCUACUUUUGACUCUGGUGGAAUUAUUUGUUAUUACUGUCGUGAAUCUGGAUACACUAAGAAGACAUGCCUGAAACUUCAGAAUAAGAAUCAGCUCACAAAUGGCGUACAUGGCAAUUGAGGCCUUUUCUGAUCAGCUAAUCAAGGAAUUUUGAUAUCUGUAGAUGAGUAUGCACAAUUCACUCAAUACCAGGCAUCACUGAAAUUCUCUAAUUCUCCUAUCACUACAAUUGCUGAGUUAGGUAACUCUGUUGCAUGCCUUGUGUCUUCUUCCUCAAAAUAGGUUAUUGAUUCUGGUGUUACCAACCAUAUGUCAGGUAAUUCUACCCUUUUGUCCAAUCUUAAGUCUCGUACAUCAUCUUCUUAUGUUACUCUCACUGAUGGCUCUAAAUCUUCUAUCAUG